AUGAGCACAGAUCUAACGUCGGCGACGGCCUUCUCGCCAUCCCUCGAGGCGAUCCGGCUAGCGGCCCAGAUGUACAACGCGGCCCGCGAGGGAAACAAGCAGGUGCUCGAGGAGGCCAUCGCAACGGGUCUGCCGGCGAACCUCACAAACGAGAAGGGCGACACACUGCUCAUGCUGGCGGCAUACUACGGCCACGCGGACGUGGUCAAGUUCCUCAUCCAGAACGGGGCCGACCCCAACAGGCUGAACGACAAGCGCCAGAGCCCAAUAGCCGGUGCUGUGUUCAAGAGGCUGGAUGAUGUCGUAGAGGUCCUCCUCGAGGGCGGCGCCGAUCCCGACUACGGCACGCCGUCGGCGCUCCAGUGCACCGUCAUGUUCAAGCAGGAGGACAAGUGGAGGACAAAGUUCGAGUCCGCUCCGGGCCGGGGCAAGGCCAAGCCCGCUGAGGCCGAGGCCGAGGCGGAGAGGGCGCCUGAGAGGAUGAGGUAG